AUGGUGAUACAAGAGCCCAUGCUGAUGGCUGUCUUGCCUCUCUCUGCCAGAUUCCUCGUCAGCAAUGGGCUGUGGACCAGGCAUGGGGAACUUGAGAUCACACUGAGGGCCACAGACAGAGCCCUGCCGGUCGUGGCCAGGAACAGGGGGCUGAGGCUGGCCUCUGGUGCCCUGGGCCUGCUGUCCCCAGAGCUCCUGCAGCUGACCGACACCGACACACCUGCGGGGAGCCUUGCCUUCCUCCUGGCCCAGCUCCCGCGGCACGGCCAACUCCUCCUACGGGGUGCAGCGCUGCUGCAAGGCAACUUCACGCAGCAAGAUGUGGACAGCAGACUCGUGGCCUACCGGCAUUCCGGAGAUGGCCCCCAGUCCGACUGUUUCACCUUUGUGGCCACAGACGGGACCAGCCACGGCUUUAUUGUGGAUGGCAGAGUCCUGCAAGACCCUGUCCCCUUCAUCAUUCAGGUGGACCGGGUGGACAAAACGGCACCCCGAAUCACUCGCUUGCAUUCCCCCUCCCAAGUGGGGCUCCUCAAAAAUGGCUGUUACGGGAUUUACAUCACUUCCCGUGUGCUGAGGGCUGCGGACCACGACACCGAGGACGACGAGAUCGUCUUUAGGAUUCUACGGGGCCCCCUCCGCGGACAUCUGGAGAACACGACCACAGGUGAAAUUAUCUGUGAGAAAUUUAGCCAAAAGGAUUUAAACAGUAAGACCAUUCUUUACAUCAUAAACCCAUCUUUGGAAGUAAAUUCAGAUAUCGUGGAAUUUCAAGUCAUGGACCCCACAGGGAACUCUGCUACUCCUCAAAUUUUGGAAUUGAAGUGGUCUCACAUUGGAUGGUCACAGACAGAGUAUGAGGUCUGUGAGAAUGAGGGCGUGUUGCUGUUGGAAGUGACCAGGAGGGGGUAUACCACAGAAUCUGCCUUCGUCGGUGUAACGGUCAACCAAGUGUCAGCUACGGUUGGAAAAGAUUUCACUAUGACUCCAUCCAGACUGAUUCAGUUUGACCCAGGAAUGUCAACUAAGAUGUGGAAUAUAGCAAUUACCUAUGACGGAUUAGAGGAAGAUGAUGAGGUCUUUGAAGUGAUUCUGAACUCCCCUGUGAAUGCAGUUCUUGGCACAAAGACAAAAGCUGCAGUGAAAAUUUUGGACUCAAAAGGAGGACGGUGCCAUCCUUCAUCUCCUGUCAGCCCGAGCAAGCACAGCGCACGGGAGAUGGGCGUUUGGCACCUGCUGUCCCCAGGGCCCCGCUCACCCGCCACUCCUGGUUCCCUGCAUCUGGAAGGAAGACCCCCUCCGUCUUCCAAGCAGCCUGCGGUCACCAGGGGAGACUCCCUGGGGGGCUUUGAUUCUGCAGGGCUCCCUCGGAGAAAGCUUAGGACCCGUGGGAAUGGCAAAGUGGUCCGUCCAUCCUCUGUGUAUAGAAAUGGGACAGACGUCGUCUAUACUUAUCAUGGGAUGGUGUCCUUGCAACUGGAGGAUGACCGUUUCCCAAGUCGCAAAAGGAAGGACGAAGUAGCCGUCAUUCCUCAGCCACAGAAGAAAGACAGAGCGGCAGAGCCACCCCAAGCAGAUAAGGUAGAAUCCACAACUGGCUCGCACCUCCCCAGACAGGGCCAGCUGCCCUCUUUUCCAAAAAACUGCACUGUGGAAUUAAAGGGACUCUUCCAUUUCGAAGAAAGCAUCCAAAAGCUGUACCAGUGCGAUGGGAUCACCUGGGAAGCCUGGAACCCCCAAACCAAGGAGGUGGAAAACAAGGCCUGCCCGGCUGGAUGGCACCUUCACUCAGGCUACUGUCACACCGCGGGCGCAGAGCAGAAAAGCACCUGGGACGCGGCUGCUCGGGUUUGCAGGGAACAAUUUCUGGGCAACCUUGUAACGGUGUUCUCCAGGCAGCACAUGCAGUGGCUGUGGGACUUCAGUAGGAGGAAGCCCUUUUGGAUAGGUUUGAACGACCAAGGGCACGCUGGCCACUGGGAGUGGAUUGGCGGAGAAUCUCUCACCUUCACCAUCUGGAAGAGGGGGCCCCCGCCUCGCUCACAGUUUGGAAAGAGCUGUGUUUUGGUUCAGAGAAGGGGGAAGUGGCAAACAAGGCACUGCAGGAAAGGCAAGCCUCACCACUUCGUGUGCUCUAGGAAACUCGAAAUGUGACUGGAUAUGCAGUGCCUGCCCGAGCUCUCUCACCUGUUUCUUAACAAGAUUUAUGAAUUUGCUCCAUAGGAAGCAAAUUGUCACGACUGGAUGGGUACACUUUUGUGAGUCUAUCUUGUAAAAAUAGAACCUAGAGUAAUAAUUCCAGGGAGGCUGAUAAAAGAGUAUUUCUUACAAAUUGAGAUACAAUUUUUAUCUCGGUAUCUUUCUCGAUAAGUGCCUGCAGUAUUGUAAAGUGGACUUAUUCCAGAAGACCUGCAUACCCACCACACUGCACAUCUCGGGCAGCACCAAUUUCAUGUUCCUUCGAUAUGAGUUAUUUCCGUUACCUCGAAUGUGCCCACUCUCAAGUCUGUUGUAGGUGCUACUGCCAUUGUGGCGUAAGUGAAGCAUACCCCACCGGUUCAUUAAACCAAGGUUGAGUUGCAAAUGGUUUGUUUGUCCUGUGGUACCUUCGAAAUGUGAAAACUAAAACUGGAGGCUGUGGAAGGAAAGGAGAAUUGUUUUUCUGAUGGAAGGAUCUUGGAGCUGGAGGCUCAAAGCUGUAAAGGUGAGAGAAUUCAGGGCCCCCCACCAUCACUCGUGAAACAUGCCUCCUUCUCGGAGCGAAUGUCGACGUGCCACCAUCUAAAGCUAAAGACUGGGUUCUCCAGACUUUCAGAGCCCUGAAAAAUGGGAAGCAACAAAAUGUCUUCAUCUUCAUAGCAGUUACCGUGCUGACCUGCACUUCUCAAGGACAUUGGAAUGAGAGUGUACAUGGGAGUGGUGAUCAGCGUAUGGAGGAAGAAGAAUGCCUCCUUGGAAGCUUCCCCGUGAGCUAUGCUGACCGGUAAAGAAAAGUAACACAGGGAACAGCUCUUGAAAACUUGCCUACUCAGAAUUUUGUUGCAAUUUUGAGCCCUUAAAUCUCUAUUUUCAGAAAUUCCGUUUACUGGAUUCUCUCAUGGCAAGGUACCUUAUUAAUUUAUAAACUUGGCUGCAUGAAAUAUUUUUGUAGCAAUAAAUCACAUAGUAUCCCUCCCAGAAUGCCUUACUAAAAUUAAGGUUUAAUCAUAGGAAAUCAGAACUUUAUUUUUGAAAUGUUUUUCCUCUUUAUAAUCACUGAAAAGUAAGAAUGCACCCAAUGUAACUUGCUAUAAGCGUGCCAGUGUAGCUUCGGAAUUGAAAUUGGGUUCUCUAGUAGAUUAGAGUUGUGGUGCAAGCCUUUGAGUGUUGUAGGCACUAAAAGUGAUUUAAGAAAGUCAUUCUACUUUCUGAAUAUAAAACAUGACAGGCUUGUUUUAUUUUUGUUCAUUUGUUUUAUUUCUGCUCAUCCUUCAAAGUUUUGACUAACAGAGAGGUGCAUAAGACUCAACCUUCUGCCUCUUACUUAAAUCUAAAUACACGGUAAUUGUAGAAUCUGUGGCUCCUUGCCUUAGAUAUCCAAGGCCUUUAGACUAGCACAAUGCACAGGUCUCCCAUGAUCCUCUAGUGUACAACCAGAUAUACCGCAACUAUCCUCUACGCCAGCUCCCGGACAGCUCCCUGUGACCCGCUGGCUUCUGCAGCGUGGAAAGUGGGAUUUAGCCUUAAGAAAAGAAGGGUCACAUCCUAGGAGGAAAGUGAAAGAUCAAGAAAUUCAAGGGCCACUGCUUGCUACUGAUAUUCUAAACCUCUGAAAAUUAUUUUGAAUUGGAAAGCUAUGUCAGAUUGGUUGUGUAGAACUUGGUUGGCAUGGGAAAUCUGUUACACUUUUCCGCAAUAAAAGUAACACAACUAUCAUUGCAAAUGAUGGUAUACAAAGAGAAAGCUGCAGUUUUUACAACAGUUAGAAAUACUGGCAGAAUAUUUUAAAAUAUUCCUGAUCGUGACGAUAGUGAUCAAGUUAGGAAAUCCAAGUAAUGGAUUUAGGCAAGUGUGAGUCCUGCGCAGGAUUCACCAUGACUUUCCUACUCGAUCGUGGUUAAGGUUGGACUCAGGGAAGAAGUGGGAAACGGCUGUCAAAUGUUCCUUCUGUCCUACUUGGCCAGUCCUACACGUUCAGCUCUGGUGGGCGUGGGAGGGAAGGAGGAGAUGAGCAGAGUGGGAGGACUGGGAAGUUACAGAAGAGUAGGGGGAGCGUGGGGAGAAAGGGUGAGCAGGAAAGGACUGAGGGUGGAGCAGUACUAAAUGUCUCCAGUCCUCCCCAAGCUUGAAACUGACUCAUGAAAUGCUCCCUCUGGACCUAAGGGCAUGUGACUUUUCAGAAUCUUCUGAAUUUUGGUCUUAAAAAACAGAAUAUAUUUGCAAAAAAAAUUUUUUUUGGUACCAGCAUCGAACUUGGGACCUUGU